CCCUCUCAUUUCAUUAUUCCAAAUACCAAACAAACACCAUUUUCACAACUUAGCCACAUCCAAUUGUUGAGAGAGAGUUAAUUUCUUUAACUUUCAAAAAAUGGCCAAGUUUGGUGCAACCUCAAUUGCCCUUGUUCUCACAUUGAACAUUCUUUUCUUCACUAUGGUUAGUUCCACUUAUGUCCCAUGUCCACCACCCCCACACUACAAACCACACCCCAACCCCAAACCCCACCCUACCCCUACCCCCUCUACCCCCUCCACUCCCUCCACUCCCUCCACCCCCUCCACCCCAUCAUCAAAGGGAAAGUGCCCAAAGGACACACUAAAGCUAAAUGCUUGUGCCAAUUUGCUAAAUGACUUAGUGCACCUUGUUAUUGGAAGUAGCCCAGCCAAAACUAAAUGUUGCUCUUUAAUUCAUGGACUUGCUGAUCUUGAUGCUGCUAUUUGCCUUUGCACUGCCCUUAAAGCUAAUGUGUUGGGAAUUAAUCUAAAUGUUCCACUUUCCCUCAGCUUGUUACUCAACAAUUGUGGCAAAUAUGUCCCUAAGGACUUCCAAUGUGCAUAAUUUAUUAUGCUAUAGCCAAAUUUCUUCACUUUGCAGAAAAUGCCUACUCUCAUAUAGUGUAUUUUGUUUCUUUUUGUUAGAGUGUGUGUGUGUGUUUGGUGUUUUGUAUGCUUAUAUAUAGUUGUUUAUUUUCAAAGGAGUUACUAUAUGUAUAUUUUGAUUGGUUAGAAGGAAGGCAAUAGUUGUUGGCUUUCUUUUUGUUGUAUGAUUCCAUUUUAAUCAUGAGUGAUAAAUGAAAUAUAUUUGUGGAGUUUAUAUA